AUGGAGCAAAUGCUACAGACUGUUCUCUUCCUUUCUGCGGUAGAAUCUGCUUUCGCCAGGGAAUCCAGUCAACCUACUGUCAACAUAGCUGUUGUACUCGGAGGAUCUUGGUAUCACAUGGAAAUCAGGGGCAGCUUUAAUCGAGAGACCUACCAGGACCUGCCUGUACAAAUCAAUGCCAUCACAGUGAUUGUGAACAACACCAAUCCCAGGAGCCUGAUCACUCACAUUUGUGAUGUGCUGACCAGAUCCAGAAUCCAUGCUGUUAUCUUUGAAGAUGAUAUUGAAUCUGAGGCUGUCGCACAAAUUCUGGACUUUAUCUCUGCACAAGUAUCAGCUCCAAUCAUCGGAAUGAGUGGAGGCUCCACUGUUGUGUUCACUCCAAAGGAGCAACACUCUACAUUUCUACAGCUGGGUGCUUCCGUAGAACAACAGAUCAAGGUCAUUUUCAAAGUAAUGGAAGAAUAUGAUUGGGGGAGCUUUGCUAUCAUUACUAGUUUCUUCCCUGGAUACCAGGAGUUCAUCAGCCAUAUUCAGCUUUUUAUUGAAACUAGCUAUUAUGGGUGGGAAGUUGAACAGACUCUUACUCUUGAAAUGAUUCGAAAUGAGAACAAUUCCAAAACAAAGAGGCUUCUGCAGCAGAUUGAUGCACAGGUCCUGAUUCUGUAUUGCUCAAGGGAGGAGGCAGAAUAUCUGUUUGAACUGGCUGAGCAAGUUAAUCUCCUUGGCCCAGGCUAUAUCUGGAUAUUGCCCAGCAUCACAGUGGGCAACAUGGAACGGGUGGCAAAACAAUUUCCUGUCGGUCUAAUCAGCAUAAUGACAGAGCGGUGGAAGAUGAGCUUACAGCAGAGGGUGAGAGAUGGAGUGGCAAUCAUCGCAAAAGGUGCCGCAAGUUUUUACAAAGCAUACGGACACAUGCCGGGGCCAAGUACAGACUGCAGACAUGCAGCUCGAGGGGGCAGGAAAAACAUACUGUACAGGCACAUGUUGAACGUUAGCUGGGAAGGUAAAGAUUUCUCUUUCAACGAGGAUGGCUAUUUGGUGAGACCAUCGAUGGUUGUAAUGACAUUGAACAGAAGCAGAUUUUGGGAAAUGGUUGGAAGAUGGGAAAACGGUUUGAUAAGAAUGAAAUAUCCCGUGUGGCCGAGGUAUGGAAAAUUCCAGCAGCCUGUCUCUGAUAGUGCACAUUUAACUGUUGCCACGUUGGAAGAAAGGCCUUUUGUGAUUGUGGAGGAAGCAGAUCCUGAAAAUGGAGCGUGUGUACGCAAUACCGUGCCCUGCAGGAAGCAAGCAAACCUGAGUGAAAGCAUUGCCGAGGCUUACACCAAGCUGUGCUGUAAAGGAUUCUGCAUCGACAUUCUGAAAAAACUUGCAAAAACUGUGAAAUUUUCCUAUGACCUGUACCUCGUGACCAAUGGGAAACACGGCAAGAAGGUUCGGGGAACCUGGAACGGAAUGAUUGGAGAGGUUUUCUAUCAGAGAGCAGACAUGGCCAUUGGAUCUCUCACCAUCAAUGAAGAACGCUCUGAGAUUGUGAGUUUCUCAGUCCCCUUUGUGGAGACUGGAAUCAGUGUGAUGGUUGCCAGGAGCAAUGGGACUGUCUCCCCGUCGGCGUUUCUUGAACCCUACAGCCCUGCAGUGUGGAUGAUGAUGUUUGUAAUGUGUCUGACGGUGGUUGCUCUCACAGUCUGUAUAUUCGAAUACUACAGCCCUGUUGGAUACAACCGAAACCUCAUGAACGGCAAAAUUACGGGAGGUCCAACAUUUACAAUAGGGAAAUCGGUUUGGCUUCUCUGGGCACUGGUCUUCAACAACUCUGUCCCCAUUGAAAAUCCCAAAGGAACAACUAGCAAAAUCAUGGUCUUAAUCUGGGCCUUUUUUGCUGUCAUCUUCCUGGCAAGUUACACAGCAAAUCUGGCAGCAUUUAUGAUUCAAGAGCAGUUCAUUGACACUGUCUCAGGUCUCAGUGACAAAAAGUUUCAGAAGCCCCAGGACCACUAUCCGCCAUUCCGAUUCGGUACAGUUCCCAAUGGAAGCACUGAACGCAAUAUCAAGAACAACUAUCCAGACAUGCACUCCCACAUGACCAAAUAUAAUCAACGUUCUGUGGCAGACGCUCUUGCCAGUUUAAAAUCAGGGAAGCUUGAUGCCUUUAUUUAUGAUGCAGCUGUUCUCAAUUACAUGGCUGGGAAGGAUGAGGGCUGUAAGCUCGUUACCAUUGGAAGUGGCAAAGUGUUUGCAACAACUGGCUAUGGGAUAGCUCUACAGAAGAACUCCAAGUGGAAGAGAGCCAUUGACCUGGCCCUGUUACAGUUCCUGGGUGAUGGAGACACACACAAACUCCACACGGUCUGGCUGACCGGAAUCUGUGAGAAUGAGAAGAACGAGGCGAUGAGUAGCAAACUGGACAUUGAUAACAUGGCCGGUGUGUUCUACAUGCUCCUGGUGGCCAUGGGCCUCAGUCUGCUGGUCUUCGCCUGGGAGCAUUUGGUGUACUGGAAGCUGAGACAUCAUGUAAAGAAAUCCAGCAAGACAGAUUUUCUGCUGGCAAUCAGUAGGGGAAUUUACAGCUGUUUCAGUGGUGUACAGGAAGUCUCCAGCCCACUUCAUGUGGCCUCUCCCAUUGUCUCUUCGAGCUUUUCUCAAGCCAACAUGUUGAAGAUGUUGCAGGCAGCCAAAGACUUAGUCUCAUCUACAAACGUGGAAACUUCCUUGGAGAAUGCAACAAAGACAAUCGAGCAUUGGACACGCGCAGGUGAAAACCUCGCAAACAGAUUCCCUAAAGCACCAUCACAACAGAUUGAAGGAUCACAGGCCAAGGGCAGCAAACAACUUUCUGUUCCUUAUAUUCCCAGCAGACACCAACUUCGCUGCCUUCCAGCAUCAUUAUCUCCAACGCUGGCUUCGGAACGGGAGACAAGACGGUCAGAUCGACCAAUAAUUAAACACCACAGCAGGUCAGAUGGCAAAUAUCUAGCUUCAAAACCUGUAACUGUAAUCCACAACCCUUAUCCCAUUCCACCAACUGAAGUCCCUAUGCACUCCCAACAGACCGGGGGGAGUGAAGUUAAUGACUUAAGGUCUCCUUAUAUUCCAUUUAUCGGCAAUAAUGAAUUACAUUACCAGGACAUUUACAACAGAAAAUAUUUCACAAGAAGACUAUCCUUGCCUUGUAGGAAAUUGGCCAGUUGCUCUGCAGGGAAUGUUGGCUCUCGGAAUCGGACAAAGACUGUGCCUGCAGUGAAAUCUUGUAUUGGAUUCAAUGAGAAAUGGCGAAUGGGAAAUCUGCUCCCUCCAGUGUCAUAUCCCAACCAGACCAACCGUGGUUCCUGUAUCAGACUUUACUCCGGGACACAGUCUGGGGAAUUAAGUUCACUGAGCAGACGAUCUUCAUAUAUCAAAGCAACAAGAGAACCGGAGGAAAACUUGAGAUUCCAAGACAGAAAAGGAAACUUGGAAAAGUCAGGACCACGAGGAGAAAUUGAUGACUUAUUCUCCAGUCUAAACAGGGAGAUCCUAGAGCCAACACGGCACACUCUCAGGCAGCCCUCAGGUCUAAGAGAAGGGCUCCCUGGCCGUGACAAGAUGCACUUGUACUCUAGUUCACCAAGCAGACACAAGUAUUCUCAGUCUGCCAGGCUCCCUUCAUACAGAGAGGCAUGUCUACAAAACUCCGCUGCUCUACGACAUGCUUCCAAACAGCUACACCAACAUUCAUGGUUACGUCCCUGUCCUGGUCCCUCCAUGUAUGUCUGGCAUCGCCAGGUGGGCUCCCAACACUUCAAUUGGUUGAUUGGGUCUGGACACCGAUCCACCGACAGAGGCAUUGUGAUGAAGUACUUGGAUAAAAGGACCGCACCCCAGGACAGUCCUGUGGGGGGGCCCACAGAUGGCAGGAGCAGAAUGAUCCACCAUGAGAUGAGAGCCAGCGGAAGCCAGGGGCUGGAGGCUGGAAGAGCAGGAGUCAGUUGCUCUCAUUUGAGAAAAUCGUGUGCAAAGUUUUCCAGCCUUGAAUCUGAGGAAGCCACGGUGGCAGUGUGA